AUGGCCAUGUGGCAGCUCGCCAGGCCCUCUACUUAUCAGUCUUACAUCACCAGUACCUGGUUCUGUUUUUUGGACCUGGUUCUGUUUUUUGGACCUGGUUCUGUUGGUUGGAGCUGGAUCUGUUUGUUGGACCUGGUUCUGUUGUUGGACCUGGUUCUGUUGUUGGACCUGGUUCUGUUUGGUUCUACCUCAGCAGAACAUGAGCAGAGCAGAGGAUCCGGACCCGAGGAGCUGAUCAGCAGGAUGUCAGGUAACUGGUCGUCCCUGACCCCGCCCCCCGGUUCUGAGGUCCCGCUACCCGGCCCUGAGGCCCCGCCCCUUGCCUCUGAGGCCCCGCCCCCUCUGUUCCCCAGCUUCACGCUGGCGGCUCAGCUUCGAGUCAUUGCCACCGCGCUGCUGUUCCUGUUUGCGGCGGUGAGUAACGUGGCUCUGCUGCUGAGCGUGUGGAGGGGGGGGCGGGGCUUCAUAGGCAGGGGGCGUGGUCUCAUGGCCGGGGGGCGGGGCCAGGGACGCCUCGCCUCUCACCUGCGCCCUCUGAUGCUCAGCCUGGCGGGCGCUGACCUCAUGAUGACCUUCGUGGUGAUGCCUCUGGACGCCGUGUGGAACGUGACGGUGCAGUGGUACGGCGGCGAGGCGCUCUGCAAGACGCUCUCCUUCCUGAAGCUGUUCGCCAUGCACGCCUCCGCCUUCGUGCUGGUGGCCAUCAGCCUGGACCGGCAGCACGCCAUCCUGCAGCCGCUGGACCUCAGCGCGCACCGGAGGAACCGCCGCAUGCUGCUGCUGGCCUGGAGCCUCAGCCUGCUGCUGGCCGCGCCGCAGCUGUUCCUGUUCCGGGUGGUGCGGGUGCAGACAGGUGAGACGCAGGGCUUCUCUCAGUGCGCGUCUCACGGCAGCUUCCUGCACCGCUGGCAGGAGACCCUGUACAACAUGCUGCACUUCAUCUCUCUGUACCUGGUCCCCCUGCUGGUGAUGAGCUGCUGCUACAGCCGCAUCCUGCUGCACAUCCACCACACACACCUGAGGAACGCAGCGGGGGAGUCGUACCUGCGGCGCAGCGGCACCGAUCUGAUCCCGAAGGCGCGGAUGAAGACUCUGAAGAUGACGGUGGUGAUCGUGCUGUCCUUCGUAGUGUGCUGGACGCCUUACUACCUGCUGGGGCUCUGGUACUGGUUCCAGCCCGCGAUGCUGGGCCUGCUGCCUGACUACCUGCACCACUUUCUGUUCCUGUUCGGACACCUGAACACCUGCUGCGACCCGGUGAUCUACGGCUUCUUCACGCCCUCAUUCAGGGCCGACCUCCAUGCCUGCUGCCGCCGCCUGACAGCCAAUCAGAGCACAGGAGAUAACCAGCCCGCAGACUCUCAGCCAAUCAGAGCACAGGAUAUAACCAGCCCGCAGACUCUCAGCCAAUCAGAGCACAGGAUAUAA